GCAGACUUAUCUCACUCGGCAGAGCUAAUUAUUCGAUGCAGUUUGCGACUCACCCAGGGCAAACGGUUGCAACCAUUUCCAAUGAAAUCCGAUCUUCAGUGCUCCGCACAUCGAAAAUACCCGACUACGGAGAAAGGGUCAACAUCCACUUCUUAGCAACAGUCCAUGCAGAACAAUUCCCCCUCAAGCGAUGCCAAAGAGUCAUGAAGAAAAAACUUGCAUUAUUAAAUUCUCGUGUCCUCGGACUCGUAGAUGUCACCAUACCACGAUAUGUAUAAUGCGAGGUAUACUUGAUCGACUUGAAGCAUAUUGUCAGAAUGUAGCUCUGGCUGCUUCCGCAGAGCGCAGCGAGGAGGUCGGUCCAGACGAUGGAAAUGAUUGCGGUUCGAAUUGCCGACAGACAGAGGGUGGUCACCUUCGCUGGAAAACGCCCUUCUCCUCGUGAGUCAUAUCUUUACCUUGUGGAAAUGUGGCUCUCCUUUCAUUCCGAGGGUUUGAUCCGUCCGAGUUCUUGCUCUUACUCUGUUGACCUCGGUAGAAUGUGAAUGAAGAAGAGAUCAUUACGGAGAAGCUUUGUGUUAGUUGCCAAAGUCUGUGUGCUAAAGCAACCAACAGCUAUGGUAUCUUGGCGUUACCCUAUAUAUACGAUGGAUUAUGGCUAUGGACCUCAUCGUGUCAUACUCGUAUCGGAAUUCUCGUGUUCGCAUCGGCCAUGCAUGAUACACGCGUUUAUGGCCGGGGGAGUUUGUCCGUUCAGUGCUGUCGCUUACUUUUAUGGCUACCCUCGACAUGCUGCUUUGAUCGGCCAGUCACUAUUCACAGCUUUCACCUCAUGCCUCGAUCCAAGCGAUGGCCUGCAGGGAAGAACACGUGUGGAACAGGGCUGGACUUGGAGAUAUAAAACCUCGUCUUCCUUCACCUCAGCCGCAGAAAGCCUCCCCUCCGCACUGAGGUCGAUGUUCGGAUUUUCUUUCCCCUCCUGGCGUUCUAAGCCCCAGGACUUGGAGGCUGCCAAGAUAUCCACAUCCACAUCCAAGAAGAAAGCCUUACGUCUCGAUACGUCUCUUAUCAGUGCACCCAUUCCUCGCACUCCCAUAUCUAUCACAGGCUUUGAUACGGUCGAUGACAGUAGGGGUUACUGGCCACCUGGAUCCAGUCCAACAUCCUCAAGCCCUACUCGUGUUGGACCAUCCAACAUAGCUUGGUUGCGGAAUGAUGACUCUGAGAAUGAGGGAGAAGGGAACGAGGAAGUGGUGGUGCGAAGGUUACCCAUUCUCUAUCCUCCUCUCCCAGCAGUCGUCCGGUUAGAUGGUGAAGACCCCGCAUACUAUCCCGUGACGCGGUCCAUGUCAUCUCCGACACCACACACACACAAUAACCCUUGGGAUCUGGGCAGGAGAUGGAAUAUGAACUGUGUACACAACGCAGGAAGCACACAUUCACUUCGAUUGGAAACGCAAACGCAAAUGUAUCAUCGGCCUAUGCUUUCUAAUGGAAGUGCUUAUUCAUAUCCUCUCAUGAAACCUUUGUCCCCCAUAAUUGAACAAGAUUAUAUAUCUCCGUCGGCGGCCUUCAAAACGAUCCCUCUGCCGUCUGUAUCAGACGCGACCCAUUCUACUUUGUCGACAGUCGCUCCUGCACCAAGUCUGACUGGUUCGAGUUCAUCUGAGCGUCCGUCCCCAGCACACUCUCACCCGUUCAUUAGUCGGCCCGUUAAUCGAAGUAUCUCUCAAACGUCUCAUAAAUCCAAUGCCUCUACUUCGAGUUCUGCUGCAGCACCUUCUUCAUCUAACCUAUCCCCUCUCGAUUUUCGGUCCGACUCUUGCGGGCUCACUCCAACCCCAAGUGCGGAAGCCAUUUUGCGAGCGAAGAAGUCAUGUUCAUGUUCUUUGUUCCCUCUGCCGGCUCUUCCUACCAUUACUGCUGCUGGUAGCUCUGAAGAAGACGACGAUGAUCGGGAUCAACUGUCGUUUGUGACCGCGAGUGAUUCGACGCCGGUUCGACCGCUUUCUGCUGUCACUGUCACUAGGGGGGCUGAACCAACUGCGGAGGAGGAGGUGGAAGAGGAGGCGUGGACCACACCUCGACCACCCGUUGACCGGCCCUUCGUCAUUUGCGUACCUCCGCCCGUGGCAUUUGCGGAAAGUGGGAACUCGAUGUCUAUGAUUCACUCACCAAGUCCAAGUUCAGCUGGUCCUGGUCCAUCUCCUCCUCCUCCUCGGUCACCCCCGUCAGCGUCUUCAUCUUUCAUAUACAGACGCUGGGAGCGUGAAUACCCACCGAUCGUGUUUAAAGUGCAGGAAAGAAAAAGACGAAGGUGGUGGACAGAAACGACGCCUGCGUUUUGGACUUUCUGGUUUGGGUUUUUGGUGUGUCCGCUUGCGUUGGUGUUGUGGCUUGUUGGAGGGUGGGGGUUUACGUUUUUUGGAGAGGUUCCCCCGCCGACCGAAAAGGUGGUGUCAGUUUGGGAGUUUUACUUCUGGAAGGGGGUGGAUUCGAUUUGGGGUUGCUGUGGGAGGAGGGGGAAGAGGCGGAAGGAAGGAAAUGAGAGCUGUUCAGGUUUGGGUUCAUCGUCUUUAAAGUGGAGUUGGGGAAGAGGGAGGUCCGGGAGGCCUGGCAAGCAGAAGGAGAAAGAGAGAGAGAGAGAAACGGUUUUGUCUCAGGGUUCCGGGAACACCAACGACCCCGAGUCGUGUCUGAGGCCUCCUCGUUGGGUAGCCGAGAAGCAAAGUUCUGAUUUUCGGCGUGCAAGACUUAACGAUCCGAAACGGUCGUUGAAAGGGAUUUACUUUGGGUAUCCUUUUGUCCCCCGCGAUCCUGCUGCUGUGAAAGGAGAUGGAAACGGUUCCCAUACUCAUACACAUACUGAAUUUUGGGUUUAUCUGACGAAGCCUUUUGAUUAUAUAUACGGAGUCAAGUUGACUGAAGUUCAUGGAAAGCCAGAGGGUGGGAGGAGGAUGUUCGAUCCGUGGAUUCAGAGGUGUCGGUAUGCGUUCUGUUAUGGGCUUUUGGUUGCUUGUACGGGGUUGGCGUGUGGGACAGCGGUGCUUUUGGUGUAUAAUACGAGGUAUGUUCGGUCGACUUGAAGUAUACUAUAUCGUCACUUUAUUGUAUUGAAUAAAAUUGUAAACUAUCAA